AUAUUUAUCGUUCCAAUCUAACAUCAACUAAUAAAUAAUAAUGCUAAAGUGAAGUUUGUUGAUAAGAUAUGUUAAAACAUUUUUUGGUGGUUAUUAUAGCGAUUGCUGCGUUUGGCUUUCUGUACGGUAUAUAUAAUUACAAUGUAGAAAUCGAGUCCAAUGCUUGUCAAAUGACGUAUAUGUUUGCACCACCCCAGUUCUCGAGAAUAAAUUUUGAUGCGAAUGCCAAAUUUCCUCAUUACGGAUUGUAUUACUACAAUGAGGGACGUAUGCCAAUUGAUGUACACACAACUGAAUUUAAAGGAGCGCCCGUUAUUUUUGUACCAGGAAAUGGAGGGUCAUAUAAGCAAGUACGUUCAAUGGCAUCGGUAGCAUUAACAAAAGCCAGGGACAGUGCAACUGGAAUUCAUCUGGAUUAUUAUACAAUCGACUACAAAGAAGAGCUUUCGGCGCUUUAUGGCGAUUAUUUGGAGCGACAAACAUUAUUUUUAAAGACAUGCAUGAAGAUUGUUUUGAAACUUUACAAAAAUACUGAACAUGUCGGAAAAAUAGUUUUAAUAGGUCAUUCUAUGGGCGCUGUAAUAUCACAAGCAGUUUUAAGAGAUCCGGAAUUUGCAGAAUACAUCAAUACAAUAAUAUCUAUAUCUUCUCCUAUAAAUAAACCAAUUUUAAUUCUUGAUGAAAAAAUAGAUACAUUUUAUAAAAGCAUAAACAAAAAUGUAUCUGUUUGCCGCUCCUCUUUGAAAUUGAAUAAAAAUUCAAAUUUUUGUUGUGCUACAUGUAAUCGCCUUCUACUGAGCAAUCACACCAAUCACGUUGGUCAUUAUUUGAAAAAUGUGUUAUUAAUCACUAUUGGUGGUGGUAAUCGUGACUUACUCGUUCCACCUGCCUUUACGAUGUCAAAAUUUAGCGACAUACAUGCAAUGACUAUGUCGAUACCGAAAGUGUGGUUGAGCUGUGAUCAUUUGUCCGUAGUAUGGUGCCUUCAGCUGGUGCAGGUUAUUAAUAGAUAUAUGUUUGACAUCUCUGCCAGUGACAAGCAAAAUUUUGUAUACUUUAUAAAGGAUAGAAGGCGUCGGGAACAGACUGCACUUAAUCACUUCGUGAAAUCAAAUGAAAUGCAGUUAAAAGAAAUAGACAUUGAACAGGAAGGUAAACAUAACAGUGUAUGGCGGGAAGACACUCUAAAAGUAUUUUCGAAAGCAUUCAAAGAAGGAUCCAGAAGUAAUUUUAUACAAUUAAUUCCGCUGCGAAAACAUAAAAAGCACACGAAAUUAUACAUAGAUGUUACCCAGUUGGAGUUUGGUGACUUUCUUUUUGGAUGCACUGUAAAGCCUAAUGUAAAUGAAAACUUAUUCUGCCAAAACAAAGUUUCACUCUCUCAUCAUUUUCAAUUAUUGCCAUCGAUGAAAAACAAAAUGCGUUCAGUGGCAAUUCUGGAUAUCAACAAUUUGAAGAACACGUACGUAAACUGGACUCAUGUAGGUUUAUUCGCUCGUGCUUCUCGAAAACCGAAGUUGUAUAAUAUUGAUAUUCAUAAUCCAGCAGAGAGAAACAUUGUUUUCAAAUUACCUCGAUGGUCUACGUUUCAAAAAAUAAUUUUAGUAAAUGAAACUAAGCAGGGGACACUUUACUAUAAACUCUCAAUUCUAGGUGUCGAAGAAACUUUUCCAACUAUUGAAUUGAGAAUUGUACCGUUAUCUUGUAUGGGGGAUCUGAAUUCAAUUAUCAUUAAAAUGUGCAUACCAUGGGCACCAGGAUUUACUAAAUAUCAAAUUAUUCGAGAUCCAUCAGCAGAAGUAUUUUAUGUGAAUGUUCCCGUUUCUAGUCCGAUUGGCUACAAUUCAUCAAUGAACCCUAUUUCUUUAGAAAUUUAUUUGGAUCCACUUUGUCGAUAUCAAAUCAGUUACAAAUUUUCGAUUGUGACCACAAUGUCGAGAGUAGCUCAGCAGUUUUUACACUGGCUGCCGUCUCAUUUGACAGCUGUUAUAUUAAUAAUACUGAAGAAUCAAAUAAGCCAACUUCAUGAAGAAUCGAGUACAAAAGGUGUUCGACCAUAUUAUGGGUAUUUUCAAUACGCUUCGUUAUAUCUUAUAACAGGUUGUCGUGUAUUGAGCAAAUUUUUAACACAACGUGAUGGUAACGAAAGUGGACGCGGACUUUCAAUUUAUCCGGCUGUAAUUAUUCACAGCACUGCCAUAGUGUUGUCGAUACUACUUGUAUUUUCUGUUUGGACUAUUGUAAUACUGAACGCGUAUGGACUUUCAAAAUUAAUAAAUUGGUUCUUACUCAAAUCGGUACUACUACCCAUAGCUGACACAUUCCCAAUUUUAUUCGCUGCAUUCAUGAUUUCUCUGGCAAUAAAGACAUGUGGAGCAGUGGCACUUACUGUAACUUGUGUCUUAUAUUUGUUGUUGAUAUCAAACGCUUAUAGCGACUACUUGGAAAAUUGGUUAUUUAAAACAGCAGUGUCGUUACAUGCCAAAGUGUGGAGCAUUUAUGAGAAACGUAAUAGAUCAAAUACGACCACAGAUACGUCAAGCGAUAUAACUAAUCUUAUGAGUUUAAUUCGUUGUGAUGGAAUGGAUAAUUUCUCAUUUCACAUAUCUCUUUUUAUCUUGAUUACUAUUAUGGCUGGUUUGAACAGCAUGACUUUCGUCGCUUGGGUGAAGGAUCGCAGCAUUAUAAGUCGUGGAUCGGACCCAUCUCUACUUCCAACUGCAGUCGUCAUAUCUUCCUUAAGUGUUUUAUGGCAUUUGAAAGCGCCGAAGAAAAUCUUUUCUUUCCGAAUUGGCUACAAAAUCGCAUCGUUACUUAUUUAUAUGGGCGCUGCAGCUUGCAUUAUUUACUGUCAAGAGGCAUUGUAUAAACUGAACUAUGUAAUCGCUGGAACUUUUGUAUUAAUAACGGCACUAGAAUUGCUUGGACAAGCUUAUAAGAAAUAUAGCUAAAUUAUAGAGAUGAUAAAAAAAAUAUGAAUCAUUUAUACCAAAUUCAAAA